AUGUCGACCUCAGAGGAGCCAGCCUUUGAGUAUGGCUUCUUGCUACAGAUAAAUGAGGAGGCCGCGCUGGCUGUGGCCCUGAACGACUACCUAACCUCACGCAGCUACCUGGCGGGGUUCUGCCCCUCCCAGGCCGACCAGAAAGCCUUUAAGCUCCUCCACAGGCCCCCAGAUCCACAACAUGUGCACGCUCUGCGCUGGUACAGACACAUAGCAGCCCUGCAGCAGGACCUCAACUCUGAAAGCAGCAUGAAAGGAAAGCGGGUUCAGCCCCCUUGGUCCCCACCAGUGGGAACGGAUGUUCCCAAACUUCAACUCUACAACAGUCUGACCAGAACAAAGGAGCUUUUUGUUCCCCAGAAAGGGAAUAAAGUGACGUGGUACUGCUGUGGACCCACAGUGUAUGACGCCUCACACAUGGGACACGCCAGAUCCUACAUAUCUUUCGAUAUUCUGCGAAGGAUACUGAAGGACUACUUCAAGUUUGAUGUCUUCUACUGCAUGAACAUCACAGACAUCGAUGACAAGAUCAUUAAAAGGGCCCGGCAGAACUACCUCCUAGACCAGUACAAGGCCAAGCAGCCACAAGCCGCUCAAGUCCUGCAGGAUGUCCUGAGCGCCAGAGGGCCCUUUCGGGCCCAUCUGGCUUCGACCACAGACCCGGAUAAGAAGCUGAUGAUGGAAAGGCUGGACGCCGCCGUCACCGCCGCUCUGCAGCCCCUGCAGGCAGCGAUGGGGAGCAGUGAUGAGGUGGUGCAGCCUCUGGCCCAGGUGCUGUUGGAGAACUCCAAGGACCUCCUGGCUGAUUGGCUGGACAAACAGUUUGGAAGUGAAGUCACAGAGAACUCCAUCUUCUCCAUUCUCCCUAAGUACUGGGAGGGAGAGUACCAUAAAGACAUGGAAGCCCUGAAUGUUCUUCCCCCUGAUGUCCUCACCCGGGUCAGUGAAUAUGUGCCCGAGAUUGUGGAGUUUGUGAAGAAGAUUGUGUCAAACGGUUAUGGGUAUGAAUCAAACGGUUCUGUGUACUUCGACACCUCCAACUUUGAUGCCAGUGCCCAGCACUCGUAUGCCAAACUGGUGCCAGAGGCAGUCGGAGACCAGAAGGCUUUACAAGAGGGAGAAGGUGACCUGAGCAUCUCCGCUGACAGAUUAAGCGAGAAAAAGUCCCAAAAUGACUUUGCCUUGUGGAAAGCCUCCAAGCCGGGAGAGCCUUCAUGGGACUCUCCGUGGGGGAAGGGAAGGCCAGGCUGGCACAUUGAGUGUUCGGCCAUGGCCGGCUCCAUCUUGGGAGAGUCCAUGGACAUCCAUGGCGGCGGAUUUGAUCUCCGAUUCCCCCAUCAUGACAACGAGUUGGCUCAGUCUGAGGCUUUCUUUGAGAACGACUACUGGGUCCGAUACUUCCUGCACACCGGGCACCUGACCAUCGCAGGCUGCAAGAUGUCCAAAUCCCUGAAGAAUUUCAUCACCAUUAAGGAGGCCUUGGCAAAGAACACAGCUCGCCAGCUCCGUCUGGCUUUCUUGAUGCAUUCCUGGAAAGACACCCUGGACUACUCCUCCAACACCAUGGAGUCGGCCGUCCAGUACGAGAAGUUCAUGAACGAGUUCUUUCUCAAUGUAAAGGACUUGCUGCGUGCUCCCACUGAUGUCACCGGUCAGUUUGAGAAGUGGGACGCAGCAGAGGUGGCGCUCAACAACAGUUUCUACAACAGGAAGUCAGCCGUCCAUGAGGCCCUGUGCGACAAUGUGGACACCCGCACCGCCCUGGAGGAGAUGAGGGUGCUGGUCAACCAGAGCAACAGCUACAUCGCCAGCAGGAAGAGCGCCAAGCUGAGGCCCAACCGCAUGCUGGUGGAGAGCGUCGCCAUGUAUCUCACCAACAUGCUGAAGAUAUUUGGCGCCAUUGAAGGGUCGGAUCCCAUCGGUUUCCCCGUGGGAGGACAAGGCCAGAGCAGCGACCUGGAGAGCACGGUGAUGCCGUACCUGACGGUGCUGUCGGAAUUCAGAGAGAGCGUCCGGAAAAUCGGCCGAGAGCAGAAGGUGACGGAGUUGCUGCAGCUCUCCGAUGAGAUCCGCGACUCUACGCUGCCGGAGCUGGGAGUCCGACUGGAAGAUCAUGAAGGCCUGCCCACAGUGGUGAAACUGCUGGACAAGGAGACUAUACUGAAGGAGAGAGAGGAGAAGAAGAGGAUGGAAGAGGAGAAGAAAAGGAAGAAGGAAGAGCUGGCCCAGAAGAAACAGGAACAAGAGAUGGCUAAACUCGCCAAGAUGAAGAUCCCUCCAUCCGCGAUGUUCCGCGCAGAGACGGACAAAUAUUCCAAAUUUGAUGAAACGGGUUUCCCCACUCAUGACGUCGAAGGGAAGGAGCUCAGCAAAGGACAAGCCAAGAAGCUGCGGAAGCUCUACGAGGCGCAGGAGAAAUUACACCAUGAGUAUCUGCAGAUGAACCAAAAUAGCAACUGAUUCUGUUCACUCUUCUUCCUCGUUCUGUCUGGGUCUCGUCUCCCCACAACAGAUAAAACGGGGCAAUAAGUGAAGUGAGGUUUUACUGAUGCAGAAUGCAUCUGUUAACACUCUGCUGGAAUAAGAAAUCAGUAACACUGCCAAUCAGUUAAGGCACUGCAUUUUUUUUUUUUUUUUUACCGAAUAAUUUUACUAUGAUAUUACUUUUACUUAAUCUGCUCAUUAUUUUCUCGAUUAACCCUUUUGUCUGUAGAAUUUAAGAAAACUAAUUUCCCACAACCCAAAGAUGAUUGUAUUCACAUUGAUGUUUCUAUUCGACCAAAAGCCCGAAAUUCAAAGAGGCUGGGUUUGCUGUCAUAUGUGGCCGACAGAAGCAACAACUUCUCACAUAUGAGAAACUGGGACCAGCUUGGGUUUUAAUCAGUUAUCAAAAUAAAUGAUUUUAUCUGAUCGUUGCAGCUCUAGAGGACACAUUUUGAAUAAACAUCGGCAUUGGACCAUCUAGAUCUAUUGGCUGAUAUUUGAGGCCGUGCCCCCCCCAAAAAAAAGGUUGCUGAUUGCACCGGGUAAAGUCACCAAAGACUAGAUUUGUAAACUGCUGUAGCUCGGCAGUGUAUCAUAGGCUGAACGCGAUGGUGUUUACUUCACACCUGAGUCCAGUCAACAAAUACUGGAAGGAGCUGCCAUAAAGGCUUCUGGGUAAUUCCACUGACAUUCACCAGUUACUGUACGACAAGAUUAACUGUACCCUGAGUAUUUUAGGUAAUUCAGGAACCCCCCCCCCCCACGCAUUUAUCGAUUUUCAGUUUUUUGUGCUUCACUCCUUAUUUGCAUCCUCGGUAACUCUGCUGGAUUUGUACACUCUUAAAGGAUAAUCUCUCCAAUAUUCUGUAUUUUUCUCAUUGUCGUCAAAUCCCACAAAAAGCCCAAAAUCCAACGGUGCGUUUGUCCGUCUCUCAACACUUUCUGACUUCCCUGCCCCUCUGUCUGUGGUUGAUUCCCAUUGAAGAUGUAAAUCUUUAACACAACUCACAAAUUUUUAUAUAUAUAGGUUUUUUUUUUAAAAAAAAAAAAAGCACAGCUGGACGUCGUUGUCACUCAACCCGGAGGAGACUAUUUUCAGCUGCAGAUUAAUACACAUUUGGUGCUCUAGUGGAGCUCUAUGGCACGAAGGAAUAAAAUCAAUCAAACAAUGCUUGUUAGUAGAAUCGAUUCAUCCUUGUCUCUGGUCUUUUCGUGGGAUUUGCUGUCGUCAAUAAGAAAAAUAUAGAACAUCCCCAGACUUUUCUCGUCAUCUCUGCGUAAACGCUUUGUUAUUGCGGUCUCCCGGGGUUUGAGUGAAACCACGGGAGGAGGAGCUUUUUAUUAUUCAGCCGUCCAUUAGGCUUGUGUAUUUUUGUACUGUUCAUGCACUGCUGUUCCAUGGUUAUGUGAGGACAUGGCUGAAGGAAGACGCUCGAAUAAAGAGGCAGAAAGUGCUACUGAUUUCCUCUCAAGAAAUAAAAUUGGUCAUCCUUGUGAACUUCUGUGACUUCAGGAAUGUUGGCUCCUAAUGGUAAUAAACAAUUCAUUAUUGGCAGGGGCUGAAAUCACCACUGUUUUCAUUUUAAAGCGCAACGCCAGCCAAGACAGAUGGAUUUGUGUUUAUUAAUCAAAUAAAAGACAUUCAGACUUGCA